AUGAAGCCUAAAGACCCCUCAUCGAAAGCACCAGCUAAGGAGGGAGACACCCAGGCAGACCCUAACGCCUUACCCGAUAGCGCAAACACUGUCUCCCCUAAGACAACAUCCUCUGGAACUGUUUCUUCAGAUUCCUUAGUCGAGGAUCCAGAAAUUGCGAUGACAUUGCAUAUGAGUAAAAUCAGAAUGAAAACUUUAUCGUCAACAUCCGUCGCCGGAUCGUUUCUGAACUUGCCUCAUUUCAAGCCCUACUCAGUCGACGAGCAAGGCCUGUCAGACGUAGAGGAAUAUCCAGAGAAAGAGCACGCGCACAUGGAUUAUACUGCAGACAACCCUCACUUCUCCGUGGUAUACGACGAUAAGGAAUUCUUCAGAAGAGAUAGGAAGAUCAGCUUCAGUGAUACGGUCCCGAUGGGAGAAAAAAUUGAACUUCCUGUCAGUGAUCACGAUGAUGUAUCGAUUGGUUUGAAUAACUCGAAUCGAUCAAACACAUCGAAUGAAAAGGGGUUUGAAAAAAAAGUUGAAUCUCGUUUGGUCUACCCUAGCAGUGAUGUGACAGUUGAUAGUAAUCCAACUAGCCUUAACGAAAGUGAUAUAAUAAGGUUGGAAGACAGUGAUAACAAUAACGAUGACCUUUUAGAAGAAUUCCGAUAAUCGGACAGUAAUCGAUCAAAGCGUUUUUGAAAAUUCG